AUGACACACUCAGAUUUGAGUCCCAUUUUCAUCUUCGUCCUCCUCCUUAUUUCUUACCAUCAUCACUACAGUACUGCAGAAUCACAACCGGAAAAACAACCAUUGUAUCCUUACAGAUCUCCAACAACUUUAUGGCACGUGCCGUCUGUUGGUGUAAUUGUUGGAGUCAUCAUUGCAGCAAUUCUCUUAGUUUUCAUCUUCUUGUUGUUACUGGGCUACUACUUAUUGUCGGAGUCAUCAAAAUGUGAAUCUGCCAUUGGUAUUGAUCCUCAACUUCUCGAAACUUUCCCAAUUUUAUUGUACUCUUCCAUCAUGAAACAUGUUAAGGAAGGCGAUGAAGGUCCUUUACCAUGUGCUGUGUGUCUCGCUGACUUCGAUGACAAUGACACCGUUCGUAUGUUACCUCCUUGUAAUCAUUUCUUUCAUCCUCCAUGUAUUGAUGCUUGGCUUUCUACCCAUGACACUUGUCCUGUUUGUCGUAGCAACCUCAAUUGUGGCGGUGGAAUUGAAACUGUGUAA